UGUCAUCUAUUAUUAUAUACAAUUAUCAAUUGGCAUCUGGUUUUCGACCCUAUGGCGUCACACGAGAACGAUAAAAAAGGAAAGUUUCCAAAGAUUUCAUUCGAAAACAAAUUUUUUUCCUUCGGUGUUUAGAGAAGUUCGAUAAAUCACGCGGCUCAGAAAAGUCGCACGAAAAAAACAAGCGUACCUCUAAACCGUGUGACGUAAGAAGGAUAUAAAAGUAGUCUGGAGUUGUCGGACAAGUCACAUGCCAUUGGUUUCUCGUUACACACGCACACGACUCGGACUGGAAAAUUGGGUUAUAAACAUGACGUAGUUAAUAGAAAUUGAUAGUCUGAACUUCAAAACAAUUAAAAAAAGGGGAGAGGAAAACGCUGAAUAUCGGCUCGUGCUCGCGAAUGACGGGUCGAUGACGAGUACGAAUAAACGAGAGAAUUUCUGGGGUCUUCGGUGGCCGUUAUCCAUGCCGAAUUUCUUAAAAAAGUCGGAAUUUGAUUACGAAACUGUACCUUUAUGGCAGCAAUCUACGCCGGUGGACGUGCAAGACGGAGAAAAGAAGAAGAAAGGUUUGAGUUUUUGGAAGGCCACCAUAUUCGUCGCCGGCGAAAUGGCUGGAAGUGGUGUUUUAGCUCUACCCGAAGCAGUCAGUAAUAUCGGAUGGAUUGGAAUUCUGAUUAUCAUUGUAUGCUGCGUGAAUGCCGGUUAUGCGGGAGUAUGUUUAGGACGGUGUUGGUUAAUCUUGGAAGAAAGGUGGCCCGAAUAUAGAAUGAGAAUGCGAUAUCCAUAUCCCGCAAUAGCGUAUCGAGCUACGUGCACAUGUAUGAGGUAUGUUGUAUCCUUCUGCGUAGACUUUACGCUUAUAGGAGUUAGCACGGUCUUUCUUCUCUUGUGUUCUCAACUGGUUCAACAAUUAGUUUGCUCAUUAUACGACUUAUCCUUCUGUUUUUGGAUUCUAAUCAUUGCUGCAAUUUUAUGUCCAUUGAUGUGGCUGGGUACGCCUAGUGAUUUCUGGCCAGCCGCAGUUGGAGCAUUCGCUUCAACAGCCAUCGCUUGCGUUCUUUUGAUCAUAAAUAUUUUAUCCGAAAAAUCCAAAGUGCAACCACCAAAAUAUAAAAUUGCCACCUUGGAAUCAUUCUUCUUAGGCUUUGGUACUGUGGCAUUUGCAUUUGGCGGAGCUUCCACCUUUCCAACAUUUCAGAACGACAUGGAAAAGAAAGAAUUAUUUCCGAAAUGCGUAUUGGUUGCAUUUUCAAUACUGUUACUUUUGUAUAUACCCGUUUCUGCUUGUGGAUAUCACGUAUUCGGAUCAUCGGUUCAUCCUGAUAUUUUAUUAUCUUUAGAAGAUAAUCCAUUGAAAAUGACUGUAGAAAUAUUAUUAGCCGCUCAUUUGUUUUUUGCGUUUCUCAUCGUUGUAAAUCCACCUGCCCAAGAAUUGGAAGAGUUCUUUAAAGUUCCUCGAUCUUUUAAUUGGAAAAGAAUUGUAUUGAGAACUUCUGUAAUGGGCGUUGUUGUUUUCAUUGCUGAGAGUAUCCCUCAUUUUGGAAAAAUUCUAAAUUUUGUAGGUGGUUCUACGGUAACAUUGAUGACUUUUGUCUUUCCACCAAUAUUUUAUAUGCGCCUCUGCGAUCAAAGACAUCCAAAAUGGCCAAAAAGGACCAUCUCACUGCACGAAAGAGUAUAUUUAAUAGAAGUGAUGCUUAUUGGAAUUGUUGCAGGAGUUAUUUCUAGUUAUUCGGCACUUAACGACAUCUUUAAACCAGAUGCUUUCACUCUCCCGUGUUACAUUAACUUAACUGCCGCUAGCAGUGGCAAUUCCUGCGGACAUUAACAGCAAUAACGCAUUUCGAUUGUAAAUGUUACCAAAGAAAUAACGAAAUUUCGUGUAUUUGGAAAUAAUAAAUAAUUUAUAUUUAUUAUUAAUUUAAUUCACAAUUGAAUAAAUACUUGAGUAAAUGUAUCUUUAUUAACAGAUUAUAUUAUUUUGUAAAAUAAAAUAAUAUUUUAUUAUUA